AUGUCGUCCUCCGCGCGCAAACGUCCUCGCGCCGAGGUCGAGGAAAACAAGGCCGAGUGCCCCUUCAGCAUCACCUACGCCGAACCCGACACCAAGGCACAAAAGAAAUCCAAAAAGAGAAGGAAGCAGGAGCCAGACGAGGAUGACGCCAAGAAGAGCUCGAAGCAACUCUCUCCCUUCUCCCCGUCCGGCGACUUCAAUGGCAAGAGCGCUAAUGACGUUCUGGACCUGGAGUACAACGUUGUUCCUCAGAAGAAGUGGUUGGAAAUGACCAGGUACAACAGCUUUGUUCUCAACGGGACAAAGUACUUCAGCGAGGGUUUCAUCUACGUCGCAAACGACCAAACUGUCCAGCGCCAGAAGGCUGCGGUAGAUGGAUCUGCUGACGGCGAUGCCGAAAAGGCUUUCAAGAGAUCAAAGUCCGAGGAUGACUGGGUGGCACGUAUUUUGGAGAUUCGCGCCAGCGACGAGCACCACGUCUAUGCACGAAUUUACUGGAUGUACUGGCCGGAGGAGCUUCCUGAAGGAACCAUGGAGGGAAAGAAGUAUACCGGUGGUCGCCAGCCGUACCAUGGUCACAACGAGUUGAUUGCCUCCAAUCACAUGGACAUCAUCAACGUUGUCAGCGUGACGCUCCCUGCGAAUGUCAAGCAAUGGAUAGAGGAAAACGAUGACGAAAUACAGGAGGCCCUUUACUGGCGCCAGGCCUUUGACUGUCGAACCCAACAACUUUCUUCCGUUGAACGUACCUGCAAAUGCCGACAACCUGCGAACCCGGACAAGACCCUGAUCGGAUGCUCCAACAAGGAGUGCGGCAAGUGGCUGCACGAGCAUUGCCUUCGGGAGGAUGCCCUGACGCGAACGUACGAACGACUGGGCAGGGACAAGCCCCACUUCGCCGCAAAGCCCCCGACCGAAGGAACUGCUUCCGUUGCGGAGAGCGACAUCGAGAAAGAAGUGAAGGAGGAGAAGAAGAUGGACGAUGGCGUCAACAUUCCCCUGAGCCCCACGGAAAGCGGUGCCGAAGUCAAGCAAACAAUCGAUGCAAAGCCUAGCGACGCUCCCGAAGAGCCGAACGGCCAGUCAGUCACCGAGGGUACCCCUGCCAUUCAGGACGAGCGUGUCUCGCAACACCCCACGACUCCCGCCACGCCUUCUGCGCUCGAAGCCCCUUUGGCGUCCCGAAAGGCUAGAUCCGGGAAGAAGAGAAUUGCGGCAUCAGACACGAAGGCCUACGAAGGGCUCUUUGAGGCGAAGAUUUUGAUGGACAUGAACCCCCCGAAGAUUGAGAUCAGGGACCUUCGCGAGAACGUCACCGAAGGCGACAAGGUGUGGACGGAGCCAUUGCUCUGCGUCGUUUGCAGCGUUGAAAUCAGCUGA